CUCGCAGACUCGCAGAACAGCUGGUGAAUGAAGAACUGAGAUUCUGAAGCAGCUUAUUUUGUGUCGUGUAGUGGAAGGGUGAAGAUCAGUGAAGUCGUGUGUCGUUCUAGCUUUUGUGGAUGCGUAGUUUUACUUCGAGAUCCUUCAAUUGUUCGUGAUUGAUCGUUUAUUGUUCGCGAUCGAUCGCCAACUGUUCGCGAACCGCGCUGUUGUCCCGUCUACAUGUUGUUGUGUUUCCACCUAUGAUACUAGAGGUUAGUUAGUGUUCGUUCGUCUAGGGCCUGUUGUAAUUGCUAAUCUAUCUGUCAUGGUUUACACUAGACAAAAGACACUAGAUCGCAAAAAAUCGGUCUAGGAUGUGUCUCUGCUAUCCACCGGAAGAUGGAAUGAUAGCCCUCAGAUGCUGCUGCUCGGUGCGUCGAGAAACAAAUCCCCAGAACGGCUCAGAGUCAACCUUCACACAACCAGUUGAACCACCUGGAGGACAGAGUGAUGCUUAUGGCAGUGGGACUGGGGUCACGAUGGUGAAAACGUUCCAGGCUUAUCUGCCCCAUUGUCACAGAACCUACUCUUGUAUACACUGCCGGGCUCAUCUCGCCAAUCACGACGAGCUCAUAUCCAAGUCUUUCCAAGGAAGUCAAGGAAGAGCAUAUCUUUUCAACUCUGUAGUGAACGUGGGUUGCGGCCCGGCAGAGGAACGAGUUCUACUUACCGGUCUCCAUGCAGUUGCUGAUAUAUACUGCGAAUGCUGCAAAACCACUCUUGGCUGGAAAUAUGAGCACGCAUUUGAGUCAAGCCAGAAGUACAAGGAGGGCAAAUACAUCAUUGAGCUGGCGCACAUGAUAAAAGAGAACGGUUGGGACAACUAGCAGCAGGAGCAAGAUGGCGACAGUUCGUCAUCACCUGUCUGCCCCGACCAGCUCACAUCCUAAACACCAAAUCAAAACCGGAUUCGAAUUCAAAUAAGAUUUGGAUUCGAAUUUGAAAAAUGGAACCAGCAUCGUUUUUAAAACAAUGACAAGCGACACAAAGACUAGGCUGUUCGAACAUCAAGAGGCAAGAAGUGUCACCCGCCAUCUUGAAGAUGAAAGUGACAUAAAGGCAUUUUCAAACAUCAAUUCAAAAUUGAAGAAGUGUCAUCUGGAGACAAAAUCAUGUCAUCGUGUCUUGUCAUCUUGGAGACAAAAGUAACAUCAACACAUCUUGAAACAUCGAUUCAAGAUGGAAGAAGUGUCACCCACCAUCUUGAAGAUGAGAGUAACAUCAAUGUGAGUUCAAACAUCGAUUCAAGAUGGAAGAAGUGUCACCCACCAUCUUGAAGAUAAAAGUAACAUCAACACAUCUUGCAACAUCAAUUCAAGAUGAAAGAAGUGUCACCCAUCAUCUUGAAGAUGAAAAUACCAACAACUAAAGACGCUAAAAGUGUCACUGCCAUCUUGUUAUCUUCGAUUUUGUUCAGUUCUGUCUUAGUCUGGUAUCAAGUUCACUGGUCUUGUCACCUAACCUAACAACCUCAAUCGGUGACCUAACCUAACUUCAAUCAGGGACCUAACCUAACCUCAGUUGGUGACCUAACCUAACUGCAAUCGGUGACCUAACCUAACAUGCAUUAUAGCUCACAUUCUGUAACAUCUGAAUGAUGAUUGUAAAAUUUUGGUACCUCAUUGAAGUUAAUAUGAUGGUUUGAGAUGAGUAUGUAGGUAUGCCAUAGAAAGUAAGUUGAUUGGAUCUAAAAUUGAAGGUAGGUUAGGUUGUAAUGCUUUUCAUGGUUAUUGUCUCAUAACAUCAUGGGAACUAACAUGAUUUUUUUGAGAUGAGCAUUCAAAGAUUCAGAACAACACUACCAUUUUCAAAAUUGAUAGGUUAGGUUGUAUAAUGUUUGAUCAUUAUUAUCUCAAAACCUCAAGGAAGUUAGCAUGUUACUCUGAGAUUAGUAGCCUAUACAAAGCAACGAAACAGUUUCCAAAAUCGAUAAGUUUGGUCAAGUCAAAUUGUAAUGUUUGAUCAUCUCAGAGCCUCAUGGGAAGUCAAUGUGAUUCUUUGAGAUGAGCAUUCAAAACAUUUCUAGCAUAUCUAAAAUUGAUGAGAGUUAAGUUAGGUUGCAGAGUUUAAUGCUAAUUAUCUCAGAGGAGUCAACAUGAUACUUUGAGAUGAGUAAUCAAGCCAAUCAACACAGGCAUAGGUUUUCCAAAAUUGGAAAGUUAGGUUGGGUUUAAAAGUUUUAAAAACUUGACAAGCACACUCUGAGUGAGACUGACAACUUGACUUCCCAUGCCUCGAGGAGAGACUAGAAAAAAUAUAAUUUGCUGAAUUAGCAGUUACUGUUCUUGGAUUGCCAUGCUUUGAAUUUGUAGCAAUUUCCAAACAGAGCACUACACUGUUUUUUUCAUAGCAUAUUUGGAAGCUCUUGUUGUCAGUCUUGUUCAGUGAAUAAAAUCAUAGAGAAAAUAUGAAAUAGAUGACACUUUGGAUAUCAUAAAGUGACACUUCUUAUGCCAUCUUUUCUCUAUGAUAAACACACAACCAUCAAACACUUCUUCAAACAAAAAUAUGAAAUAAGAUCAUCAACAUUGCAUGGCUUGUAUAUUUUUAAUAAUAGAUGAGAUGUUUUAUAAUGAAUUGAGAUGUGCUAUGAUGAUCGUUAUGCAUAUUACUAUAUAUGAUACUAAUAUUAACAAUAUUACUAAAACUUUCACUAUAAUUUAAGUUUCAGAUCAAUAAAUUAUUGUUUUACCUCUAAUUAUUAUCCAUAAAAUUGUUGUUAGUGUUGUUGAGGAUGAAAGAGUAAGCUAAUUAUUGUGAUAAGACAGAGAGAAGUGUUGGUAUUUCGUUUAAGGUAGAAAAAACGUUUUUUUUUGUUUGUGAAACAUGAUUCAUUUUAAAAUAAUUUUGCUCAAUCCAAGAAUGGAACAAUAAGUAACUCAUCAGCUGUUUCGCUCUUAGUUGAUGAUGAUUUUCAAACAUAGAACCUCAAAAAACUUUGACACAUAAUUUUAUUUGUCGAAGUUUCAUUCUUGACUUAACAAUGCUCAAUCUGUAGACACAAAAUCACUCAAUCUUCACUCUAGCAUUUUAAAACUGUUUCAUGAGUUUUUCACCUGAAUUAUUUUUUUAUAACUUUCGGGGAAAUAGUUAUCAAGCUCAAUUAACAUGCAUUUUGUUUCAUUUACAUGAAAUACACAGAAAAAGUAAACCUAGUUGUUCAAACGUCUAUAUUACUGAUUUAAAUUGAUAAGUCCUCAAAAAUACUAUUGAUCUGCUGUAGUUUCCACUAUUUAGAUUAUUUUUCACGUCCUUCUGAACUGAUUAAGAAACUAUUAUCAACAAUCAAUGCUUGUGCUCUGCUAGGGUCUAGUGAAAACUUGACAAACUCAAAACUUGACGUAGUGAAGUGUUGAAGAGUUUCAAAUAGACCUACAACAAUCCUCGGUGAAUUAAAAAUCUAUAUGCAACAUUUAAAGUACUACUAUUAAAUUUUGUAAACUUUAAAGUGAAAAAACACAGAUGGAUAACCAACAACGGAUUUAAAGUUAAUUAGACCAGUAGUUCAGAUGUGAUCACGCGUCAUUCCUGAAUUUUCUAUCCCGUACGUUCGAGAGCCAAUUUUUUCAAUGUCAAACGAAUAAAUCGUGUACCAUUAUAAUCCCAUUCCCAUUUACCUAAAUAACCCACAUAUUUAUGAUAAUAAUUGAUGACUGCCUUUUCCUACAACAAAUACCAUUAAUAGUGGCUGAUUUGUAUCAGAUUCAGGAACUAGAAUUAAUUUAUUUUCUUUAAUCCCUGGGUACAAGUUGAACAAAAAUCAUUAUGUCAGUAGUUUACCUACCUUUUCAUCUGCUGAAGGUGAUGCUCACAUGAUCCACAGACUUGUGCGUGGGUAAUUCAACAAACACCAUUGAUAGUGACUGAUUUGUAUCAGAUUCAGGAACUAGAAUUAGGUAUUAUUUUUUGUUUGUUCUAUCCCUGGAUACAAGUUGAACACAAAUAAUUAUGCCAGUAGUUUACUUACUAUGAGCUGAGGGUGAUGCUAACAUGAGUUACAGGCUUGUGCGUGGGUAAUUUCGAUGAUGAACCAUUCUUGCACACCAUGCAACAA